UUUUCAUUUCCUCUGGCAUCUUCUCGUGCCUUCUUUUGCUGUGUAUCUUAGAAUCAUUAAUCGGCUCAGCUCCCAAGCAUGGUGGUCGCGGCUCGUCGAGCCACCAAUAUGGCUCGGUUCCCCUCACCAACAACGGCUUCCUUCCUUCAUCGGCGGGGCAUGGCUGGGGGCGCCGAUCAUCAUGGGCCGCCAAAGGUGAACUUCUGGGAGGACCCAUUGAGUCCAGCUAAGUGGAAAGAAGAACAUUUUGUGAUUGUUUCUUUGACUGGAUGGGGUAUACUAGGCUAUAGCGGUUACAAGUUCUUUACUAGAGGCAAGGACAAGAAUGAAGAGAAAGUUGGAGCAUCAAACAAGGCUUGAAGUUGUUAAACAUCUGCUAAGAAGUUGCCCUACUUGACUUUAGCCCUCUUGAUUGUGAUGUCUAUCUUUGGAGCGAGACCAGUUUUAGUAGCUUCUGAUAUGAAUUUUCAUGCUCAUGCGUAUCACGUGUAGCUGGCCUCACUUAGUUCAAUAAUGCUUAGUUGUUGAUGUUGUAUUUAUAGCACAUGAAUUUUUGUCUGGUAAAUUGAUAAUAAAUUCAAGCACUUUGUGUGAUACAAGCAUGCCAGCUGAUUUAUGUGCCCUCCAAAUUCAAAUUUUUAACUUGUUU